AUGAAACCAGAUGAGAAUUCCAUGGAAUUCUCAGACCCAUACACCAUACACCACUCAGACCAUACUGGAAUUAUCCUAGCUACCAAACCACUUGAUGGGAACAAUUAUGGGCAAUGGAGCCAUGCCAUAAGCAUGGGUCUCAGCGCAAAGAACAAGAUUGGGUUCAUUGAUGGAACCAUUACAGCUCUAUCCUUCAAGGACGCAAAAUAUGCAACUUGGAAAAAAUGCAACGAUAUGGUAACAUUGUGGAUUGUGAACUCAGUCCACUCAGACAUUGCCAACAGCAUCAUGUACACUGAAUCUGCUGCUGUAGUUUGGAACGAUCUCAAGGACAGGUUUUCACAGAGCAGUGACUCGAGGAUCUACCAGAUUCGACAAGAAAUCGUCGAAAAUCGACAAGGGCAGCUCUCAGUAUCUUCCUAUUACACCAAGAUGAAAGCCUUGUGGGACGAGUUAGCAUCCUGCCAUGACCCACUCACUUGCACUUGUGCAGGCUUGAAAGAACUCGCUGAACAAGAAGAAAAAGAAAGACUUAUGCAGUUUCUAAUGGGAUUGAACGAUUCUUACUCGACUAUACGAGGCUCGAUUUUGAUGAUGAGUCCACUCCCUGACACACGCCGAGUUCAUUGCCUCAUUCUCCAACAUGAACGGUGGAUGGAUGUGGCUAGUCGCCGAGAUCUGGGGACGAACUCUCACGCAAUGCAAGUGCAGCGAACCCUAGUGCUGCCGUCAUUCAACAAGCAGCCCUCCAACACAUCUUCACGUAAGUCACUUAAAUGUACCUACUACGAUGGAGAUGGACACUUGGUGGACCAUUGCUACUACAUUAUUGGGUUUCCAGAUGGAAACAAAUGGCAUGGCAAGAAUGUGAAGCCCAAGAAUAAGAGAUCCACAGUCAACAAUGCCGAAGCUAUCAACUCUACUGCAACUACCAAGUCUAAUGCUUCUUACUGUCCUAUGUUCACUCCCGAGGAGUAUAAUCAGAUCAUUGCCAUGCUCCGCAAUGGUAAUGGACAACCACUUGCAAAUGCAACAAGUAUCUUCUCGCCUAAAUGCAAUAUAGCACAAACAGAUCCACACUCGACUCUAUAUUGGAUUGUUGAUAGUGGAGCAACCGACGAUAUAUCGUAUUCACCGCCAACACACAACAUCAUUGAUGCUCAGUAUGACUCCAUUGGUUUACCAGAUGGGGGGCAAGCGGAAAUUAAAAAUAUUGGCUCUAUAAAAUUGUCACAUGAUAUGUCUCUUGAUAAAGUUCUUUAUGUACCAAAGUUUCAUGUCAAUUUGUUGUCAGUUAGUAAAUUGACAAGAGCUUUGCGCUGUAUAGUGACAUUCUAUCCGGAUUUUUAUGUUGUGCAGGACAUGGAUAUGAAGAGGGUGAUUGGCCUAGGCAAGCAUUUUGAUGGGCUCUACUAUCUUACACCAAGACAAAACCCUCACCUUGCCAACCACAUCCAUCAUGCCACUAGCCUAUGGCAUCGGCGCCUUGGGCACCCAUCAUCUGCACCUUCACUUUCAUUAGCAAAAAAUAAUGUUGAAAUAAUGUUUGAUUCCAAACACAUUUGUGAAGCUUCCCAUUUAGCAAAGCAAACUCGUUUACCCCUUUAUCGUAGUGAAAUUAAAACUUCCACACCAUUUGACUUAAUUCAUUGUGAUAUUUGGGGACCUCACAGGAACCCAACACAUUCUGGGGCAUGA